AUGAUGGCCACUUGCGUCGUUGAGGUGUUCCUGCUGUUCUACCUGAGCAAUGUCCUGCCAUGGGCCACGAAUUAUCCGAAGUCCCCACUCUUCUGUCUCACGCCCGGCUACUGGCUUCCCGUUCAAGUAGUACCCGUUGCCGAAGCUACUGCGGAGGAGAGGCGAGACCUGGAACGUUUCGAGGCGUCGCCGAAUAUAGCCCCCGCAGUGGACAUUCGUAGUUUAACGAUGAGGUAUGGCUCGUUCACCGCACUUGACAAGGUUAGCUUCAAGAUCUACUCAACCCAAGUGACUGCGCUGCUUGGCCACAACGGUGCUGGCAAGACAACCCUCAUGAGCACCAUCACAGGUCUGUUGCAGCCUACGUCUGGCACCAUCCAAUUUUGCGGUGACGAAACUGACACCGGCACUAAGAGUACCAGUUUUUGCCAGCAGAUCGACGUGCUUUUCCCCGAUCUCACAGUCAAGGAGCACCUCUUAUAUUUUGGUCAAAUGCGAAGCCGGUGGGGUGACGAGCUGAACAAGAGCAUCGGCGAAACUCUGGAGUCCGUGAGGCUGACCGACAAGAAGGACGCGUUUCCCCCGCAGCUGUCUGGCGGCAUGAGGAGGCGGCUCAGCAUGGCCAUCGCGCUGGUCGCCAAGCCCAAGCUGCUGAUCCUGGACGAGCCGACGACCGGGAUGGACCCCGAAACGCGACGCAGCAUCUGGGACUUGUUGAGCGCACUCCGCAAGGACACGACCAUCUUGCUCUCGACGCACGACAUGGAGGAAGCCGAAGUGCUCGCAGACCGGAUCGUCAUGCUGAGCUCCGGGAAGCUCAUUUGCGCCGGCUCGCCAGCCUUCCUCAAGGAAUCCUGCGGUGUGGGCUACACAAUCAGCGUGAACACGGAGUCCGCCGAUUUCGACCUCAAGAAUACGCUGAACAUUGUUCGCGAGACCGCACCGACCGCCAUAUUGCAGGACGUAAAGCAAGGCACCACGACGCUCGCAUUGCAGACCAUCGAGCACAAGGGCUUCGCAAAGAUGUUCAAGCAGCUCGAGGAACAGUCCGAACGCCUGGGAAUUGCGAGCUUUGGCGUCAGUGUCGCCACGAUGGCGGAUGCAUAUAUCAAAAAGUGCCCCGUCACCCAAGUGUCUAAGCACAACUGCCAUUUGAGUCCGCAGAGGAUAUUGUCCAUCUUUCCCUGGAACGUCGCCAGCGGGCACCACACGACUAUGAUGUCCAACAUGGCCGUCCCGACGUCCUCUAGCGGUGUGCAGCGACUGUACGCGCUGUUUUGCAAGCGACUAAUCUACUGGUCCCGCUCGCCGCUCACCAUCAUGCUCGGCUGGGUCGUUCCGGUGGCGCUUUUCUACACGUACUGCUUUGGACUAGGACCUCCCAGAAGGCAUAGCUCUCACGUGCACACGGGCCUACCCGGGACACUUGAGCUGCGCAGCAGCUUCCACUUUGGCGCUGCCCGUAGCUUUGUGGAAGAGGCGCCCGCGACCGACUUCUCCAAAUACUUCGAGGCGCUGGCCGUGAGUGAGGGAGCCACCAUUGAAAGGUUAAAGAACGCAAGGAGGGACCUGGUGGAACUAGCAACCAAGGACUUUGUGGAGUACUACAGUCACUACGCCUACGGGAUCAUCUUCAACGAUACCACGAUCGAAGGCUGGUACAACCCGGCGAGCCGCGUUUCCGGAAGCGUGCUACUCAACCUGAUCAACACGGCACUACUGCGCGCCUACUCGGGCUCUCCCAAGGCGCGCAUCACCACCAGUGCGUCGUUUUACAACGCAAAGGCUUCGGGCGAGGCCGGGGAUGGCACCGCGAGCGCGGAAGCGAGCUUCACGUCCGUCGAAGCUUUCUGGGCAGUCUUGCCGCAAGCCAUCCUCGGUCUGACCGUAUCGACGAUGGCCAUCUUCCCCGUCGCCGAGAAGAGCAGUGGCUCGCUCGAGCUCCAGCUCAUGACGGGCGUCUCGGGCUCGCUGUACGUGGCCUCGCACUUCGUGUUCGACCUGCUCGUGCAGUACCUGCCGCCCUUCGGCGCCUCGUUGGCCCUGUACUCGCUCGUGUACGAGAAAGAGCUGCACUUCACCGGCGUCGCGGCACUUUACCUGGUCGGGUUGUCGUUUGCUCCGGUGGCGAUAUUCUGGCCCUACCUUCUGUCAAAUGUCAUCAGUUCAGAAGGAGGCGCUUUCACCGCAACUCUGGCGAUGUUCGUCGUUGGAGGGCCCGUGACGUUGCUGCUCUAUCUUCUCACGCUCCGCAAGAUGUCUCCCAAGAUGGCGCGCACAACCUGGAUGCUGGUGUCCCCACCAUUCGCUCUGGGCCAGGCGGCCACUCGAGCCGUCGUGCGAGGGAAAAUUGCCUACGUCUGCCGCGAAAUGGAAGCGAGGAAAUGGCACGCAAUAGGCCGCGAUGCGGCGAUCCGUGACCUGCGUCGUGCACUGUCCGCCCACAACCUUGGGGCCUAUUACCAGCGGGCCUUCACCGAGCAGGAAGAGGACCCAUGCAGCGUGGGCUUUUUCUCGCUGUCGGUGACCAGUGCAAUGCCGGACGUUUUACUGCUGGCGUGCGAGGGGCUGGUGCUCUUCGUUCUAGUAAGCCUUUCGCACUCGGGAUACAACUUGGAUUUUCGCAAGGCUAUCUUUCCAGACGCCCGAUUUCUACUUCGCGGAAAGGAGGACAUCGUGGACGAAGACGUCAAGGCGGAAAAGGACCUCGUCGAGCAUCUGGCAGAUACUGGCUCGUCGCCCGAGCUCGAGCAGCAGGGCUACACACUCGUGGCGCAGAACCUGCACAAGUGGUUCGGUUCCUUGGAGGCCGUCAAGGGCAUCAAUCUGGCUCUUCGUCGCGGCGAGUGCUUCGGGCUGCUCGGCGUGAACGGCGCGGGAAAGAGCACGACUUUCCAGAUGCUCGCGGGUCUCGUGGACCUGAGCUCGGGCGACGCCUACAUGUCCGACGUCAGGCUGUCGAGAUCCCGUAGGCAGUGGCAGUCGUUCAUCGGCUACUGCCCGCAGACCAACGGGCUGCUGGAGAAGCUGAGUGCGUUCGAACACCUGCGCCUAUUCGCUCGCCUUCGUGGCGUCCCUGGAUUCCUCGUAGAAGGAGUGGUGCAUGCGGCCAUUUCGCUUGUCGACGUGGAGAAGUAUGCGCGAAAUCAGUGCGCGACAUACAGUGGUGGCAACAAGCGAAAGUUGUCAAUCGCUCUAGCCAUCCUGGGAAAUCCCAGGGUGAUCUUCCUCGACGAGCCAUUCGCCGGCAUCGACGUCGUGGCCAGGAACACGAUUACUGGCAGGCUUGCUACGAUGCGCAUCGAGGGAAACGUACCAGUGGUGUUCACGUCUCACGGCAUGGAAGAGUGCGAGACGGCGUGCGACCGCAUGUGCAUCAUGGUGGGCGGCCAGAUGACCUGCCUGGGCACCCUGCAGCAUCUGCGCGACAAGUUCGGCACCGGCUACACGAUGCAGCUCGUGCUGGCGCGCCCUCAGCCUCCGCAGGCGGCGACCGAAAAAAGCGCCGCGCCCUCGGAGAUCAAGUCCAGCCAGACGCUCGAAAGGGACGUGCUCGGCCUCUUCCCGGGAGCGCGUGUCCUCGGCACACAUGACAACGUCCACGACUUCCACGUCAAAAAGAAGCUUUGUUGGAGCACCAUGUUCGAGAAGGUUGCAUUGCUCGAGGAAUCCUACACCUUUGCCCAUGUCCUGAUCCAAGACACCAACUUGGAACAGAUCUUCCUUUCGUUCGCUGAAAAAAGGAGUGCAGUGACCGAAGUUUGACUUGACGUUCGCAUUUCAGGAUAUUAUCCCGCAGAACUUCAUGAAAACAAAGGAACCUUACGGAAUGUGUAUAUAAGUUGCGCGUUCAUCGCCACACAAUACGGAAUAGUGUUCAUAUUGUCGUCAACAUUUAUUGUAUAGUGCCAGGUCCGUGCGGACAUUGACCUUCAUUGCGCUGUAAGGUCCUGCCUUCAAGAUAGUAUGCCUCUAACUGAUGACAUGUUAGCUCCUUGAUUUAUUUAGCGCUGUUUUGUUCUUGUGCAAAAUGCUUUCUUGAACAUGUACUCACUCUGUAGCCUACUUCUGCACUAGUUGAAAUGAAUAUAGGCGUUUAUUGACGGAUACUAUAACGCUAUAGAAUGUAAUAUAUCAUGUAAAACCAUAAUGUCGUUUGUCAUUGCAAGCAAAGCCCAUUGAAUGGGGGUGAACUCUGUGAACUAACUGUGUGUACACCGCCGAACUGUGUGCAGCUAUAAUGACUGAUGGAGCCUAAACGGCUCUUUAUAGACACCGACUAUCAGGCAUGCCAUGGUAUUGUGUACAACUGUGUAUUUAUUUACUUUGACCACAUAGGCUUGAUUAACCUGCUCCACAAAUAUCGCUGAACGAGGGUUUCUGCUUCCGACACCAUUAGAACGGAUUCACCAACUCUGGGAACCGAACUCGAGACCUCGGGUUGAGCAACAGAACGCCAUUGCCUUUUUAGGUAGCGCGGUGGUUGGCGCCAUACGCAUUGCGCCUCAAUAUCUGUCAAACACAUUCACACUGAAAAAGAAGCAAUACAGAAAUAAGCACUUCAGAACUUUGUCGACCUUACAUUCAGAAUAGUCCAGAAAUGAACAUUGAAAAUUGUAAUUGAAAUGAAUAAAAUUGAACAAUGAAAGGAGAAUGUUAUGCUAAAACAAAGUUUGAAAAUGCUUAAUUGAAAUAUUUCGAAACAGAGUAGUAAAUAGCUUUUAUGUAGUUUUAGCGCAUUAGAAAUGGUAAAGUACGGUAUUUUAUUUAAAACACGUAUCAUAUUGCUUGUCCUUGGUGACUUCUGCAGACCAAUGCUUCUGCCACAAGAAAUAGCGCAGCUGCGCAAGCGUGCGCGCAGCCAGCUUACCCCGCACAAUUUUGUUAUUUCUCCGAGUGUUUGUUGAAGUUCUGGCAAGCCCUUCACCCGCUUCACUGGAAGUUUCAUUUGAGAUAACGUAGGGACUUUAUUGGCAAAAGAAAAUGCGGCAUCAGACAGUUCGUUAUGGUGCAUCCUGACGCUGCAGCUUCCAAGAUGCUGUGUCCCGCGACGACGAUGAAAGCGGAGCGCUAGGCGAAGAAAUGGCGCGCUGCGUUUGGUUACUUCUCCUCAGGCAACCUCCGAGCACACUGCAAGCAGACACAAAGUGGUAGAACAAAAUUCUUUUUAAGACAUAAGCUCCAACGCUGCCUUGGCUGAUAAAGGAUGAUUUUAAUGGAUGGAUUUGCACAAAACUGUAAGCGGUUGGGUUAUUUUGUGCAUAAGCUCCUUAUAGACUGCUACUUUGCGACUUUGUUGGCCAUGCUGUAUUUUUGUCAAAUGAUACAUAUUUAUUUGAUAUAGUCAUGUGUAUUGGCUCUAUAUUUACAGCGAAUAAAUGUGAGCAGUUUUCUUUUAAGUCUCUUUGGCACUUCCAUUUCUCCCCAUCCCAUUUCCUCACAUUCUUUAGAAAACAAAUCAGCAAGUUCGAGGACACGCUUCCGUGAGAUCGGAGCUGGGGUGAAAGCUGAGAGAAGCAAGAAAGACGCAUUUUCGCCCGAAAGGCGAAGCAUAGAUUGCAAAAUAGUAGGCAGCUACACGAUGUAAGGUUGCAGUUAUAUCGGCAGCAUAAACGUGGAAGCAUUCGCUUACUAACUAAAUUAACAAGCAUGGUGUGAGCGCACACAAGCAAACGUGAACACAUCACGCUCGACGAGCCCGGACACUCGUUGUCAAAAUGCUGGUGUGAGCAAGUUCGGCAGCAGCAGCGAGCGAAGUGACCUUCGCGCGGUCUCUCGUUUCAACGCGAGAGCGACGAGAACACAGCGCGCACAAAGGCAUGAGCCGUCUGCAGGUCCCUUUCAAAUACGGCUAAGGCUGCCGCGAGCGGCCGUGCAAAUUGCGCACUUGUUGGCGGUGUAAUAGCCGCCCGCCUUCCUCCCUCGCUGCCUCCCGGCUUUCCUCCACAUAUGGCGCGCGAGAUUGAGCCGCGGUCGUCAAUUCCCCUUGCUCCCUGUCGUGAAAUGCGCAAUUGGUGCGGGAGCACAACGCCACCUCCCUCCCUCUCUCCCAUCUCCUCCACGGCCUCUCGCGCGACUUAAGAGCGCUUCCAUCAUUCGCGCGCGCCAGAUUUAGCCGCGAUCAUGCUUCUCUCGCAUGCUUUCCCUCGUACAUAUAGCAUACGAUGCGCGGCAACGGUGUUACCGCCCUUGGACUUUAUACAGAAC